AUGGAACGGAUGACUUUGAAUGCGGAAGAUAUUGAUUCCGAAUGGCUUCAGAGGAUCAUUUUGCAGGCUUUUGAUCAUGAGAUUGAUUCUCAGCAAAGCCAAAACACUGCUGAGGUGGUUCUCCAGAUUCUUGCUGAGGACGACGAUGUUAAAGCCAAAAAGGAACUUAUGUUACAGCUGAAGUUUGUCCAGCUUGAUCUGGUCGAGUAUAUGUUGCGUAACAGGGUGAAGAUAGUAUGGUGUACUCGUUUAGCAAGGGCUAAAAAUCCAGAAGAUAGGAACAAAAUUGAAGAGGAGAUGUUGAACUUGGGCUCAGAUCACGCUGCAAUCUUGCAGCAGUUGCAUGCCACCCGGGCAGAUUCAAAAGAAAGACAGAGUAAUCAUGUACAUGACACUGUCGACGAAUGUGAGCUGCCAGUUGGUACUUUUAGGAAGAAUAAGAAGGGGGAUCCACAAAUACACGGGCCUCCUUCGAAGGCAGGACCGUUAGGACCCACUGAAGAGCUUGUGAAGAUCUCUUCCAUGCCCCAGUGGGCGCAGAAAGCUUUCCAAGGGAUAAGCCAUUUAAAUAGGAUUCAGAGUAGAGUUUAUCAAACUGCCUUUUUUAAUGCAUAUAGUAUCCUGCUGUGUGCUCCUACCAGUGUAGGGAAAGCUGAUAUAGCGAUGCUUACAAUCUUACAACAGAAUCUGCUUGCUGAAAUUGUUGGUAGCUUGUCUAAUCGGCUUCAGCAUUAUAAUUUGAAGGUGAAAGAACUUAGUGGCGACCUGUUUAUGACUCAUCAACAGAUUGAGGAAACUCAGAUCAUUGUUACUACGCCCGAAAGGUGGGACAGUAUCACCAGAAAGCCUGGGGACAGUACAUACACUGAGCUAUUAAAGUUACUGAUUAUAGAUGAGAUUCAUUUGCUGCUUGAUAAUAAAGGUCCUGUACUGGAAAGCAUUGUUGCCAGAACUCUUAGGUUUAUUGAGAGCACAAAGAAGCAUAUAAGAAUGGUGUGCUUCUCGGCGUUGAUUCCAAAUUAUGAAGAUAUAGCUUUGUUUUUACAGGUUGAUGUGGAGAAAGGCCUGUUUUACUUUGACAACAGUUAUCAGCCUGUACCUCUAGACCAGCAGUAUAUAGGAAUCCCAGAGAAACAUCCUCCUUCCACAGAGCUGCUUGACUUGCAACCUUUGCCCCUGACGUCACUGAAUAAUCAAUCCUAUGAAGCUUUGUACAAAGAACUUACGCAUUUUAAUCCAGUCCAAACUCAGGUUUUCACAGUGUUAUACAACUCUGACGAGGAUGUCCUUGUUGCUGCACCAACUGGUAGUGGAAAGACGCUUUGUGCAGAAUUAGCCAUAUUGAGGAACCACCAGAAAAGUUCUAACAGCCGUACAUUUAUGCGUGCAGUAUAUAUAGCUCCUAUAGAGACUCUUUCCAAAGCACGCUGUUGGAAACAGCUGAGAUAUGUCCAACAGGUUAGCCUUUUCAUUGUCGACAAACUUCACCUGAUUGGUACUGGUUAUAGUGGGGCCAUAUUGGAAGCCAUAAUUUCUAGGAUGCUAAUCAUCAGAAGAAACCUGGCGAACAAGUUCCGCAUUGUGGCUUUAUCAAAUUCUCUUGCUAAUGCGAAGGAUUUGGGGAAAUGGAUUGGAGCUACCUCUCAUGGCAUUUUCAACUUUCCUCUAGAUCCGAGGCCUGUACCAUUGGAGAUAGAUAUUCAGGCUGUGGACAUGGAGAAUUUUGAACCUAGCUUACAAGCUAUGUCCAAGCCUACCUAUGCAACUAUCGUUCAGCAUGCCAAGAAUGGGAAACCUGCCAUUGUUUUUGUUCCUAUGAGCAAGCAUGCCUGCUUGACUGCUGAGGCUUUAAUGAGAUAUGGAACUGCCGGUGCAGAUAGGGGAAUAUUUUUGUUGCUCUCUACGGGAAUUGUGGAUCAUCUUCUUGAUAGGAUUCAGGAACCAAUGCUAAAACAAACUCUCCGAUAUGGUGUGGGCUAUUUGCAUGAGGGUUUAACUAGUAUUGAUCAAGAUAUUGUAAAGACAUUGUUUCAAAAGGGAUGUAUUCACGUGUGUGUUAUGUGUAGUUCAAUGUGUUGGAGUGUCCCUCUAUAUGCACAUCUGGUGGUGAUUAUGGGAACGCGCCAUUAUGAUGGCAGAGAAAUUGAUUAUGCAGUUUCUGAUUUGUUGCAGAUGAUGGGUCAUGCCAGUCGACCUGUUGUUGAUAAUAUGGGGAAAUGUGUUAUCUUCUGCCAUGCACCAAAGAAAGAAUACUACCAGAAGUUCUUAUCUGAAGCUCAUCCAGUUGAAAGCCGCUUGGGGUAUCAUCUGCACGAUAUUCUGAACUCUGAGGUGGCUGCUGGAGUUGUUAAGGACAAGCAAGCUGGUAUUGAAUACUUGUCCUGGAUGUUCAUGUUUAAGAGGCUGACCCAGAACCCGAGUUACUAUAAGCUAGAGGGCAUUAGUCAGAGACAUUUGGAAGAUCAUUCAGCUGAGCUUAUUGAGAAUACCAUCAGUGAUCUUGAAGCAGGUGAAUGUGUUCGAGUUGUUGAAGAUUGCUUUGUCUCUCUGUUGAAUCUUGGCAAGUUUGCCUCGAUUCAUGGCAUCAGCUGCACAACCAUUCAGCGUUUUAGCUUGUCUUUGACCUCGAAAACCACACUGAAAGGUUUAAUGGAGAUCGAAUCUUCAGCAUCAGAGUACAAUCAACUUCCAAUACGACUGGGGGAAAAAGAGUUGAUUAGGCAGUUGAUCAGUCAUCAGCGUUUCUCAUUUGAUGCCCCGGGGUUUGGCUACCCUCGUGUGAAGGCAAACGCUCUUCUGCAAGCCCACUUUUCUCGGAAAUCUAUUGAGGGAGAUCUGGCCAGAGACCAGCAAGUGGUUCUUGUUUAUGCAAGCCAGUUGCUUGCAGCAAUGAUCGAGAUGUCAGAGGCACAGUUGAUGGACAUUACUCGGUUCUACUACCCAAAAAUAAAGGUGGAAUACGAGGUCCACUGUAAUGAAGUAAUUCCAGGGGAAACAGCCAAUCUGUCUGUGAUUUUGAAAAGAGAUGUAAAGGGAAAAGCUGCAGUGGGACUUCCAGAGACCCCUAGAUUCCCUAAAGGUAAGGAAGGAUGGUGGCUCCUUGUUGGCGACAAGAAAAACGACGAUCUAGUGGCCAUUGACUAUUGUCUGAUUGAGAGGGAGAAAAGGGUCGAACUGAAGUUCAUGGCUCCAAAGAAACUUGGGAAGAAGGCGUACAAAUUGUUCUUGGUGUCUGAUUCUUAUCUUGGCUGUGACCAGGAAGGACACAGUUUCUUUAUAAACGUCAAAGAAGAUGAUUAUUUCAGAUUAUUAGAUGAAUUGAGAGAAUAUGACGAUUACAUGGAAGGGGAAUACAUGGAAGGAGGGGUUCAAUUUUCAGAGUAUAUUCAGAAAAAUGUGACAUUGUACCAGUUCCACCAUGGCAUUUCGUUAGCUACAGCAGCUACUGCAAAUUUUACUAGAGGGAGUUUGCAACUGUCUUGUGCAAGGAGGCCAGGAGCAUGCCUGAAUGGACUUCAAGCAGCCACACUAUUCAUGGCAUCUCCAGUUGUGUACUUCAAACGUUGUAGCAAGUGUAGGUUUGAGUCUUGGGAUGAGGAGAGAAAGGUGGUGGUUAGUUGCAGCGUGGAGAAGGUAGAGAGUAGAGACAUAAGGAAGGAGAUGGAGGAGGUGAUGGUGGUGGCAACGUGGAGAAGGUGGAGGAAGAAGGAAGGUGAUGGAGGUGGCGCCGGUGGAGGAGGAAGGAGGGAGAUGGAGGCUGUUGGGGCAGCGUAG